AUGAACAAGGACCAGCAGAGCCAGCAGAGGCCGGAGAGUACCGGACUUGUGUCCCGGUCCAAAGCCCAGAAACCUCAGAGGAUGCCAAAGUGUUCCCGCUGCAGGAACCACGGCUUCGUGUCUCCUCUCAAGGGCCACAAGCGAUUCUGCAACUGGAGGGACUGUCGUUGUGUCAAAUGUAAUCUGAUUACCGAGAGACAAAGAGUCAUGGCGGCUCAGGUUGCUCUAAGGCGGCAACAGGCUCAAGAGGAAGAACUCGGGAUUUGUAGUCCAGUGCCUCUGUCUGGCACUGAAGUGAUGGUGAAGAAUGAAGAUGGAACAGACUGCCUGUUUCCUGUGGAGGAACACUCACCAACACCAUCUACCUCCACAUCUUCUCUUGCUCCAGCAAAUGCUGGAAGUUGCUCCAUCUCAUCCUCCAGCCCAUUAGCGGUUUCCAGGGCUCGUACAGAGGGAACGUCAGACCUGCUGCUGGAAACAUCUUACUACAACUUAUACCAGCCUUCACGUUACCCAUACUAUGGCAACCUGUACAACUACCAGCAAUACCAGAUGCCCCAUGGUAGCCACAACAUGUCUUCCCAGUACCGCAUGCAUUCCUACUACCCACCAGCCACCUACCUGACCCAGGGCCUCAGCUCCACCUCUUGUGCGCGCCCCAUUUUCACUCUGGAGGAAAACAAUAAUAAUGCCAACUGGUCUGAGGCCAUGGCAACCUCCUUCUCACCCAGCAGCAUCAGCACCAGCCACGACUCCACCAUGACCUGCCACUCCAUCAACUCCCUGGUUAACGCCGAUGUCAAGGCUGAGUGUGAGGCCAGCAGUGGGACAGCCGACUUCACCUUAAGCUCAAUCAUCGACGACAGUGCCACCAAAUAA